AUGUUGUGUUUUGUGAUCGCAUGUGUGUUGGUGGGUACCGUACACCCGGCUGUUAACUGCAGGGACCGUAGCAAUCAUCUUCGCCAAGAUGGAGGGUUUUGCUUCGAGAUACCUCCAUGGCAGCAUCAACCAGUUGAGGUUGAUCAACAUCUCAAUAAAAUAAAGGAUGUAUGGGGAAAUGAUACCAGGCGGCAAUUGAGGAAACCACGAUUAUCACUUAUAAAUAGCGAGGUGAACCGAUACAUGGCGACAGUAAUAGCACCGUUUCUGGACACAUACCAUAGAAACAUCCAGAAUGCAUAUCAGCAACUUACCAAUAAAAUACUUAAGCGAAUAAAAGAGGAAAUUAAUGCAGCGUUAAGAAAGAAACAGAAGAUUUAUUCAGAGCUCAUUGAUCUGGCUGAUACAUUAAACGUACCAGAAAUGUGUGACGAAGAGAAACGCGAUGCCAGAACACUAGCCAGCAGACAUGUGGCACUAACAUACCGGUGUACAGAGGAAGCUAGAGCAUCUAUAGCCAAAAUGGGUAAAUAUGCUGAAGAAAUGAUCAGCAUCACAAGAAAUCAUAUGCAAGCUGCUGUUGCGGAUGCUACUAAGUUUAUGAAUAAGGAUGUACCGAUAUCGAAUGUAACAUCAUGUCUCAAGGAAAUAUCUCGCGCGGCCGCUUCUCUUGGCUAUGAACUGGACCUCAGUCUAACCAAUGCUCGACGUCACAACGGACAAUCUUGCGAAAAGCUGGCCAAUUGCUGCUCUGUUGUGAGGAGGAAUACUGAUGAAGGAGUUACUUCUCUUAAGGAGUAUCUCUAUCAAUGUGUAUAUGCUUGAUAAAAA